AGAUCUUCAUCUUCAUAGUAAAACAAAAAAACCGAACAAAUAGUUAAUCAUUAUCCACCAAUCAAACCUCGCCACGUUUCCAUCAAUUACUUUAGUCGUUCCUUUGUUAAAGGCUCCCUCCCUCCCGUCAUGAAUCUCUGCUACGUUCAAAACAGGAAAAGGAAAAAGAAGAUUAGAUUUGAGAGAAUUUGAAGAUGGGGAAUGCUCUGAGAUUGUUGUAUAGCCAUUGCUUUAAGCCAACCACAGCUGGAGACUCCCAAGGCAAGGAUGGAGUUUCAGCUCUUUCCCAUGAUCUCUUCCAAUUUGAUAUCACCUCUCAGGUUCCUGAAGGGCUAAGUUAUCACGUCGUUUCAUCCAAGAAAGCUCAGGCUAACUGGUAUAGAAAGUUAUUAGAUGCUUGGAGAGAAGCAAAACCACCACCAAAAACACCUGAGGAAGCUUCAAGCUUUGUCAUUCAGACAUUGAAGAGACACCAAAAGGCAGAUGUCGAGGGAUUAUUGGCAUACUAUAGUCUUCCUCAGCAGCCUCCUGCUAGCGCCACAACAUCACUGCCUCAAGGAGUUAAGUUUGAAUUGCAGACUUUACCAGUGGACACCAAAGCAGUACCUGAUGGAGAUACCAUAACAGUGUAUGUAAGCACUACAGAUCCCAGGGAAUCAUUGAACGUACCUCGAGAUGUCCAAUUGGCAGCUGAUCAAAGAUCGAGAGCCCGUGCUGCCAAGAACUAUACAAAAGCUGAUGAGCUUCACAAGAAAAUUAUUGAUUCAGGAUACAGGGUCUUAAAUCUUCAGAAUCAAGAGAUCCUUGCUCGAAAGUAUCGAAUCCGGCUAAGGGGAAUCGAUGCACCAGAGAGUUCGAUGCCAUACGGUAAAGAAGCAAAAGAAGAGUUGGUUAAGCUUCUUCAGGGGAAAUGUUUAAGAGUUCUUGUCUAUGAUGAAGACCGAUAUGGCCGCUGUGUUGGUGAUAUAUACUGCAAUGGCAAAUUUGUUCAGGAAGUAAUGCUGAAAAAGGGGCUCGCAUGGCAUUACUCAGCUUAUGACCAACGCGUAGAGCUUGCAACUUGGGAAAAAGAGGCUCGAGCGAAAAGAGUUGGUUUAUGGGCUUCAUCAAAUCCUGAGAAGCCAUGGGAAUGGAGGAAAGACAAACGACAAGGCAGAUGACACUGUCCCUCCCUCAUAGAAGAAGUGACCAUCUAUCUAAACCAGCAUAAAGAAAUAAAGCGUUACCCUUAUUAACUUGUUGCAAAUUGUAAUAAAUUUGAUCAAACAUUAAACAAAGUGUUCUAACUUUAUAUUAAUUUUUGUUUUAUUUUAUGAA